AUGAUAUUGGCAAGGAAGCGUAUUAUAAUUGAGAAGCACGUGGAUAUAGCGGAUAUAGGAGAGAAUGUGAUUACAGCGGAAGUUUGCAUAUGGAAUCACACUGAUGAAUGCAUUAGCAAUUUCACAGUAGAAAUGAGAACUUGUAACGGUCACCUACUAUACAGAUUUCUAUGGGACUAUGAUCAUUACUAUGAUUUUGAUCAUGACUACAACUUUUACUAUAACACUUUUGUUUGUUUUGCUUGCCAGUCAUCCGAGUUUGUUUACUCUGCUGGAAACGUGACAGAUAGGUUCCUAAACUUGUCAUAUCCUAGUGUCCAGUUUGGAUGGUUAGACGCUCAUCAAAAUGGGAAACAGUAUGUGCUACCUGCCUUUGACGAUGUUAAUGAGGUUUUCGAAGAAUGUAUCGAGAGAAUAUUUCUAGAUAUACCAGAGAACAUUCCUGUCAAGUAUGCAGUUUGCUACGUUUACAAACGCAACUUAGAUUAUGAUUAUUACGAUAACUACAUUGAUUUGGAAUAUAAGUAUGAAAAUUAUUGUACUCGUUACGUUUAUGCAAGAAAAUGUGAUGGGAAAAUCCAGUUUGAUGUAUCAUUUUUUCCCUUUUAUGGUCAUUUGUGUCUCAUUCAUUACAACAAUGUGAAAGUAAUACCAGAAAUAAACCACAGAGAAGACAUAGUCAGCGAUGAUACAAUUAUAUAUAGACCAUACAUUCAAUUCAGAUGUUCAUUUGUGAUUACUGGAGACACUGCAUACAAAGUGACAUGGUAUAUCAAUGGAACACUAUGGAGUGAGACAGGUUUUUCAUCUAAUCCGGAUGAUCUUGUAUUAAGCGGAGAUUCUUUAAAUAAAUUACGACUUGGAUAUGAGGUGAAAUGCGGUGUCAUUGCAGCUGGGACAACAGAUGAAAAAUUAAGCAAUAAUUUUUUCGCAGGUUGGAAGAUUUCAGACACAUCCAGAAGACUUCCAAAGAAUGGAUAUGCUAUCGUUGAAGUUGAACAGACAGUGCCUUUAGGUUGUACAUACAUCAAUACUGGAGAAGAAGUGUGCGAGGAAACGCUUUCGAUUUCAGACGUUAACCGUGAAAUUGAUGCAUGCAAGGCUGGAAUACACGUGAUGAACGCUGAUAAUAACAGUACAUCUUCUCACAAAAUAAAGAGUUUGAUGGUAGGUGAUGUUUGGAACUCCAGCAUCAAGUAUAGAUUUAGAUUAACUACAAUAGAUCAUGAUUACGAUGACAAAUUGAACUUUGACAUGGAGUUGCUUGUAACUAAGUCUGAACUGACAGAAGUAGUAAAUACUGAGCGCAUUAGAAUCAUUGCGGUUGAAGUGACACACUCGGCAAUACACAGAUACAAACGAUGCUACUCGCAUGCUGAUCCACACGUGCGAACCGCCGACGGAAGGUAUUUCGGGCAACAAUUGGUCGGUGAUCACAUGUUUUAUAGAAACAAAGCAUAUCAGACAGAGGUUCAUGAAUAUGCCAGAUACUGUAAUAAUAAUGGCGGAGCAGUGUGUGCUUGUGGUGUAGCCAUCAGGUCAGGGGCCGAUGUCUUUGUAAUUAACAGAUGUGGCAACUACACGAUAUUAGACUUCUUACAAUGUAAUGAUGGAGGAAUCAUUGAUGUUCAGCGAAUCCAUGAUUAUCGUUACAAGGUAAUAACACCAAUAGGAACUGUGAUCAUUGUAAAUCUUCACUCCUGGGGACGGACGAUGGAUAUUGAUAUUUACUUAUCUGCCAAAGAUUUCCACAACACUGACGGACUUUGUGGAUAUUUUGAUGGAGAUAGAAACAAUGACUUUAGACACAGAAAUGGCUCCCAAUCGUCCACAUCACAUGACUAUUAUGGUUAUACUGACUUUAUAAAAAGUUGGAGAUUACUAGAUGAGGAAAACUUCUUACAUAAUGAAAGCCGUGUCUUAGAGAAAUGGAAUGUUAACAAUGGAGCAUCCAUGGAUGAAGCUUGUUCGAACGGUAACUCGAUAUCUAAGAAUAAAUGUCAAUUUGGCGGAGAGAAGAGAAAACGGCGAGAUGUCGUCACAAGAAUUGGAAAAGAAAUAAAGUCAAAUAUUAAUAACAUGAGAGAAAAGAGAAGUACUGGAGGGGACAUUUCAGACGAUAAAGCUCGUGAAAAAUGUAACAACUCUAUAACUGGAGCCCCAUCCGUCAAAGAAUUCUCGGACCAGCUUGGAGAUGAAGACACAAACAUUGUAUUUGACCAAUGCGUGUAUGACAUUAUUCAUGGUAACAGUACAGUAUGGGCGUCAGCACAUGUCGAUGCUCUCAAUAGUAUAGCAUCAACAGUGAUCAGUCUGAGUCCUGAUUUUGCUGCCAACAAUUCUGAAACAGUAAAAGCAUUCCUGUCACAGACAUGUACAAAUAACUGUAGUGGACAUGGAGUAUGCUCCGAUUCAGGAUUGUGCAGUUGUGAAGAUGUUUUCCGUGGACCUGACUGUAGUAUAGAUUUGAGAAUUCCACCAAUUAUCUAUGACAUAAAUGACGGUGGUUUAUGUGAUACAGCUGAUGGGAAUGAAUGUGAUUGUUUUGUUAUACGAACUGAUAACAUAUUUGAUGGCUUCAAAUACGAAAUAACAACUUUUGAGAUGUUGUUCGAUGGCACAAAAACACAGGUAGGUAAGUCUACUAAUGUUGGCAAAUAUGAAGAUAUAUUUACCGGGGAGUGCUGCGUACCUCACCAGCGUUCCAAACGUUCAACGGAGGAUUCCCAACCUUCUGUACUUGUGUUUGACUUUGUUAUAAGUAACGACGGAGAGAACUUCGGACAAAGCAAGUCCGUAUAUGUUUAUGAUUCCACGUGUUUGAAUUACGUCAUCACCGAUGAUGGGGAGAUCGUAGUCAUUAAUCUUGAGGAAAAUUUCUGUUACAUCGGUGGAUCUUGUAUUACGGGAGAUAGCACCCUACAAACUUCAUCGGACUGCUUUGUGUGCGACUCCCAGACAAACCCAUACAGCUGGACUAAAGUUUCCUGUAAUGAUGACGACAUCGGUUUAUCGUCUGCUGCACUUAUCGGCAUCAUAGUUGGUUCAGUCUUGGUUGGUAUCAUAGCAACCGUUGCCGUGGUUUACGUACGAUGUUACAAAGUUACGAAGAAUCGACGGACUGUGGGUGAUAUGAAUUCAAGUCAGACGUACUUAUCAGCGGGCCCGGCACGAGAAACAUGGGGUGACAAACAUUAAAAUAUGAAAGAAAAUGUUGCUGGAUAUGUCGUACAACGUUAGUGAAUGGAAAUUAAAAUGCUGCUCUUUCUUAAUUUUUCGAUGCGUGUGUGAUAACUGUAUACAGACACUAAUUUUAACUUAAACGUAUUGUAUUAUGAACAUUUUCACUAUUCAGAUUUGUAAUAUAUUUGAUCACAGAGAUUUUUAAAGUAAUUGUGAUGAAUGAUG